ACCGCGCCGCCUCCUUUCAGGCCUGGCUGAACGAGAAGUUCGCUCCAGAGCUGCUGGAGAGCAAACCCGAGAUCGUGGAGUGCGUCGUGGAGCAGCUGGACCACAUGGAGGCAAACCUGAAACGGGCCAAGAAAGGAGACUUGAAGGUCAGUGUUCACCACAUGGAGAUUGAAAGGAUCCGUUACGUGCUCAGCAGCUACUUGCGAUGUAGGCUUGUGAAGAUAGAGAAGUUUUUUCCCCAUGUCCUGGAGAAGGAGAAAUCUCGAGCUGAAGGGGAGCCUUCCAUUCUAUCACCAGAGGAGUUUGCUUUUGCUAAAGAGUACAUGGCAAACACGGAGACGUAUCUGAAAAACACGGCCCUAAAACACAUGCCACCCAACCUGCAGAAAGUGUCUCUCCUAAAAUCGGUUCCAAAGCCCAACUUGGACUCCUUUGUGUUUCUGAGGGUGUUGGAGCGGCAGGAGAACAUCCUGGUUGAGCCAGAGACGGAUGAGCAGAGGGAAUACACCAUUGACCUGGAGGAGGGCUCGCAGCACCUGAUCCGGUACCGGACCAUUGCCCCGCUGGUGGCCUCAGGAGCGGUGCAGCUCAUCUGAGGGAUGAGC